GCGUCGGGUGGGGAACGUCAAAGGUACAGCGGAGUCAGUGAAAUGGGCUAUCUAGGUGGUUAAAAACGUGAACUGUCGGGGAAGCACUCGGUGCCGUGGGGCUGUCUGUUGCCACAAAGUGUGACGCGGAGACAGGAGAUCCUAGACGGAGGAGGAGACGCCCUGCGAGUAUGGCGCAAGGAUGGAAACAAGGAGUGAGAAGCUGAAGGGCAGGAGGGCACCAGCUAUGGCACUCGGCACUCCUGUGUCCCCCCCACCUCACCCCCGCCCCACACCCAACUGCCCACGGUCUACCAGGCUACCCGCUGCCCAGGCCAAUGCCGGAUGAGGGCGGUGGGCCUCGUGGCGGGCGGCAGUGAGGGAGCCGCUGCUGCUGCUGCUGCCUUUGCCUGUGCUUGUGCUGCUUCGGGAGGCGGAGGAGGAGGAGGCGAAGGCGGCGGAGGAGGGCGCGGUGGUGGAGGCGGUGCCGGCGUCGGAUCGAGUGUCGUCGUAAGGAAAAGCAGCAGAAGGAGGAGUAGUACGGAUAAGCAGGGGAGGAGGAGGAGGAGGAGGAGGAGGAGGAGGAGGUGGAGGAGGAGGAGGAGGGCGUGGCAGGAUGAGCCCGGAGGAGAGCAGGAAGGAGCGGGAGGCGAGGUCCCUGGCACUGGAGAGAGCCUAUGUACACGAUGUCUACGACCAGAUUUCGGCUCACUUCUCCAGCGCGAGAUAUCGGGCUUGGCCUCGAGUCAGACAGUUCCUCACCGACCUCGAGCCUGGAGCCUUUGUGGCAGACGUAGGCUGUGGUAAUGGCAAAUACCUGCAUAUCAACCAGCAGGUAUUUAAAGUCGGUGUGGACAGGUGCUUCAACCUAACAGGCGCGGCGAGAGAACGAGAUCACGAGGUGAUGGUGAGCGAUAACCUGGCCCUCCCGUUCCGCGACGAGAGCUUCGACGCCGCCCUCAGCAUCGCGGUCAUCCACCACUUCGCCACGACCGAGCGCCGCGUCAGGGCCCUCCGCGAACUGGCCCGGAUCCUCAAGAUCGGGGGCCGCCUCAUGAUCAGCGUCUGGGCCAUGGAGCAGCGCCAUCGCAAGUUCGAGUCACAGGACGUGUUGGUUCCGUGGCACCGUCCCGAACAGUCUUCCAGUGAUGACAAGGCUUCGAGUGUGGAGAGGGACCUUAACUCUACCACGACAGACGAUGAUGACGUGUUGCACUACCACGCUCAUAACCACAGCGAUAGUGAUUCCUGCCCUUCCAACAGGUGUGGCAGCCGGCGCAACGGCCGCAGGCGCACCCGGUCCCGCGCCAUAGACCCCGCGGGCGCCGCCUCCUCGUCACAGAGCUCCUCGGACCUGAGUAGCCCGAACGAGUCGUGCUACAGCUUCGUCCGGCGGGCACUACAGGUAGCCUCCGACACUAGCAACCAGAAAUUGACAAGCAGUCGGCGAGGGUCUGCAUCGUCAGGAAGGUCGUGGUUCAUGCACGGGGGAAGUUUCUCGGGCUUCAGGGGGUCGGAUGGCCGCUCCCUCAACAUGGAGAGCGGGGGCACGGCUGAGCCUCGGCCGUCCUUCAGCGACGACCACCACCAGCGCCCUUCUGUGAGCAACGACGGCUCCCUGGACUCUCAGGAGAACUUGGAUGACGUGCCUAUCGAGCUCCGGCAUCUGGAGCCCGAAGACCCCGCGCUGCUAGACAUCCCGCCGUCGCCCGCACCCUUCCUGCCGCACGCGACCGCCGCUUCGGCAGACCCGGACACAAAAGCCAAGUCCAAGAGCCUGACUGACCUUGUCCAGGCUUCCCCUCGGUCUCCCGGAAAUCCAGUCUGUCCAUCGGGGGUGCUGUCGGUGCGGGAAAAGUCCAUUAGCAGGGAGGCACUGGAUAUGGGUCGGGUGGGGGUUAGUGAUAUACUCGGUAGUGUGUUACGCUCAAAGUCUAGCUCGUCUUGUUUAUCACUCUCUAGCCACGAAAUGUCUAGCAGUGAGGGAGCAAGGGGGUGUUCAGGGGGGGCCAAGGGCGUAGAAGGGGAUGCCGCAAGUGCUAGAGUAACCAGUGAAAAACCCAAGGUGGAGGAAACUAAGGUGAGCGAGGGGGACAGCCCUCGAGUGAGUAGGAAAAGACCUACACUUAAGAAACAAAAGGCUUCGAUAAAUGAAAGUGACGUGAAUGACGUUGAUAUGCCAAUAGUUAUAGAGAUAAGCAAAGCUCCCAAGACAGCCGAGGUGGUCAAUGUACCAGUUGCGACAGAUGACAAGGACCAUUUAAGCAUUCCUAAGGGGUUAGGCAUAAUAAAGCAAAGUUCCCUUAAUGAUGAGUAUAUAUGUAUUGAUAGAUUUUUAGAAAAGGAAAAAUUAAAACAAAGCAUUCAGAAGCAAAGCUCGCUCAACGAGGACCUCAUAUAUGGCAACAAGGAAGAGAGGCAGGAAACCAUGAGAGAGUCAUUGUUCGCCACACAGAUCAAGAGGCUGCAGAACAUCAGGGAGAGUCUCCAGCAGAGGCUGAGAACAGCGAGCCUCGACCGUUUUGAGCGAGAGAAGUCGGACUCGUCUCUGAAGGCAGGGAUUGUGAAGCUUCUCCAAUCCUGGAAAAGCGAGAUCCUCGUCACAGCUGGCACAAAACCAACAGCUGAUGAAGGAAGUGCUGGACGGGAGGGCGAGCCAUCGACAGGUCCUCUGGCAGAAGGUGAAGACGACCAGCAGGAAUCCAGCAGCAAGAAACACAACGAGAUCAAACCUAAAGCUCAAAGCAUAUUUCAGAUGGGAAGAUCGAACGACAGUGCCGAUGGCGGGGGUGACAAAUCAGUGACACGUGGGGUGGAGAAGAAGUUUCUCGGAAGAGAACCUGGCGACAGGAAGUCAUCCCGCGAGGAAAGUUCCGACAGCUCAAAAGAGAACAGCUUCCAGAGUGAUACCAGCCUAGAUUCUGAGGAUAGCUGUGUCUCGGUCAUCUUCGUGCCUAAGCCAGGUCAGGCUGGCAUCGUCCCGGGUGGAGACAAGGAGCGGAACAGAUCAGUCUCUUCAGAGUCGUCCGAGGGCUCCGAUAAGCAGCACUCUCCAAAGUCUCCCAAGUCACCCAAGUCACCCAAAUCACCCAAGUCGCCUAAAUCACCAGGCCCCGGUGGGCGCUACUUUGCCCCCUCGCGGUAUCUGGGCACGAAGGGCACUGGCAAAACAGGGCCCAAAAUGGGCACCCAAGUGCUGGGAGGGACAACCAGGGCGGAGCAGCAGGUUAGACGGCUGAGCCCCCCCUCCUCGGAAGGAAAUCAGGAUAUUGUUGUGAGCACAUCGAAUCCUAACACCCUCACCACCACAACCACCGUCAAUGAGGCAAGUGGUGACUCUCUGACUGCAACAGGUAGUCAAGAGGCUCAAUCCAUCCGUACUGUAGCUGUGGGUCCUCCUCGGACUUCGUUUGGACGAGGAGGAGGUUCGGGAGUAGAAGGAGAGGGAGAAGAAGGUGGAGGAGGAGGGGGAGGAGGAGGAGGAGGAGGAGGAGGAGGAGGAGGAGGAGGAGGAGGAGGAGGAGGAGGAGGAAGAAGUGGAGGAGGAGUAGGAGCACUAGCUCGUGUGCAAAGACACUCUGGGACGACACCUCCAGGCACCCCACCACCGACAGUGUCUUCGUCUAGUAGCUCAUAUUUCUCUCAUAUGCCAGUCCCUAAAGUUGCUGUGCCUACUCUAGAAAUGCCAGCAGCAUCACCGUCAGUGUCAUCAGCACACCCUUCACAAGAUAAGGCUGGGCCACCUCCACCCACAGCACUGAAGAUGCCUCCUGUCGUGACUUCCACGAAAGCAACUACCUCCACUGUAGCCACUACCUCCACACACUCCACUCUACAGAGCUCUUCACCUCAACAGUCACAGUCACAGACACAACAGCCACAACAACAACAACAACAGCAGCAGCAGGCAAGUAAAUACAUUCCGAAGUACGAGCCUCAAGUAGUGAAGCGCGAUACGAGCUUCACGCAGCAGCUGUCCUCGCUGUUGCUUGGCGAGAACGUUGAGAUCAUCCGGAAGACAGGACGCACGGGCACCCGCAACGUGCAGAUCGUGCGUCGGACUGUCCCGCGGUUCCUCACCUUUGAAGUUUUCAACCCCGAGACAGACGAUCUGGACAGCGACUCCUCGGCGAGCUCCUCCCCGAACUCGGGCAGUUCCGUGAUCGAGCGCGGGUGGCCUACCGAACGUGACAUCGAGGAACUGGACCGAGAGAUCAAGCGGCGAGAGGAGGAGGAGCGCCGUCGUGCUGUGCCUUCCUCGUCAGGAGGUGGAGCCACCCCCGGGGAGAGGGUCAUGCCGCCGCCGCCCGCCGAGGUGCCCAAAGUGUCCUUAGUUGAAGAUGUUCACAGGAUGGAUACCAUAAGCGAGGACGCAGGUGAACAUUCAGGUACUGAAUCCAAUGGUGGUAGAGCAGACAAGAAGAGAACCAGUAGACCCCUAGUACCAGCACCUCUCGUAGCCAAACCACAAGUCAUUCCUAAACCACCCGCUAGAACCUCAUCCAAAUGUAGAUCGCCUGUUGAACAAUAUAGAAUACCCAUGGAACAGUAUACUUCAGGUGGUGGACCCAGAAGAGAGUACGACUUCGGUAGACAGAGGUCCUCCAGCAUGAGUGCGGCAGCGGCCUGUGACUCCGACUGGAGGUUCGAAGGUUACUCGACUAAAUCCGGCACAGCGUCCUCUGUCUUGAUGGCUGCCGCGGCGUCCUCCUCCUCGUCCUCUUCCUCCUCUAGCCCUUCAGCUUCGAGUUCGAUUUUGGAUUACGGGAGGGAGGUUCCCUUGAGGAAAAGUCCCACCUCGAGAAGGAAAAUGACCAUCUGCCAUCUCGACCAGCCUCCUCUGCCUCUUCAGUCGACACUAGAGCAAGUGCCUGAAGCCAGGAAGUCUACCAUGAGAAGCCCCGACCCUCUGCAAGAGAGACUGAGUUUACGCACGCGGGUUUCAGAGCGCCACCCGCCGCCCAAGGCGCUUUCGCCGCUUGGUUCCGAAGGGACGAGCAGAGGCGACAUGAAGCCCUGGGCAGAGGUAGCCAUAAAGCCAUUCACCGAAACUAUGGGUAUGCCUCCUUCGUCAUCCUGGAGAGGCAGGUACUCCCCAGAGGGUAGCAUUUUCAAGAGCAUACCAGAAUAUGACAAAGGGGCAGCGCAAAAGAAGGCUCAGGAGGCUAAGAAAAGCGCCUUGGAGCUGCCCUUCACGUCGUCGCCGUAUCGGUCGUCCCUCUCCCCGAGCAGCAGUGUGUCGUCCACAUCCCCGUCGGUGCCAAGAGAACUUGGGAAGGAGGACCCGCUGACCAAGAGUCCUCUCCUCAGUUCGCCAACUCUCUCCACCAGCAGCGGCGAAUCCAGAUCAAGCUCCCAAAUGACAAUGGCUCUCUUUGGGAAGGAAUCCCGCGAGAACCCGUUCUCACUGGAGAUGUUCAAGAUGAACAGGAGCGAGAGCAGCCUCCCUCUUCUGAGUCCCGAUGAAUCUCAACCCAACCAUGGCACUUUCAAAGAGCCAGUUAAGCCAAUUGUGCUGAAGGAGCCCAAGAGGACACAGAGACUCAAGCACGAUGCUGACGAACCCAAAAAGGACACUAAACAUCGUAGCAGCCACGCCUCCUGUAAAAUGUCUGCGAAAGAAGGCGACAAACUAAGCAGCAAAGAUGAUUCCUCGAACAAGCAGAGGAAGUCCCACACUAGCUCUCUCAAGGUCCGGAUUGACGAGACAAAACAGAAGGAAACGACGACUACCGGUAAGAAGAUGUGUCGUCUUUGCGCCCGUGAGAAUGAUAAGCGGCAGAAGAAGAAGAAACAAGAGCAGCUGGCGCAGGAGCUGAGGGAGCAACAGCAGCAGCUGAGUGGUGGAAGCUUUAGCGGUGGAGGGGCUUCCUCCAAGAGAAGGUCGGCCUCCAAUCAGGGCAAAGGAAGCGACGGAGGCUGGCGGAGAGGAGAGCUCCGGUCCCAGGGAUCCCUCGACUCUGCGAGGGAGAAGGAAUCCCAGGCUUCGAAAUCCACCCCUCCUCUCAUCCGCAGUGGCUCGCUGGACCUGGAGAAGGCCGAGAGAAAUCAAAGGGAGGGAGGCCUCAGCCGAGAUGCCUCUCUCUCCAACUCCCAGGACUCCCUGCAGAGCGACAUGGGAGGGGCGCCCACGUUGCACCGCUACUACCAUGUGUUCAGGGAGGGUGAGCUCGAUCAGCUGAUUGAAAAAUACGUUCAGAACCUUCACAUCAUCUCUUCGUAUUACGAUCACGCGAACUGGUGUAUUGUCGCAGAGAAAGUGCAGGUUUGGACCAUAUGAGUGCAGUGAUUACCUGUCAACUUCGCGUGUCCGCCACAGAGACUGAAUGGCAUCGGAAACUUGUUUCCAAAUCUAUUGGGACACAGAAACUGAACAUAGAAGUUGACAAAGACUUUUAAGUAGUCAAAGACAAAGGGUAAUAUACUGAGAGAUAUAUAUGUAUAUAUAUAUAAAAUCUGCGGCGGUACUGUCGUGUCUAAAUCUUAUAUGAUAAAAAUUAUAUAUAUAUCUUGUUAAAAUGCUAAAUUAUGUCGAGAGUUAUGAAUGGUUCUGUGCAUUUUUGUCAUGGAACUUAUAUGGGGAGUCAAUUACUAUAAGUUCAGUGACUCCUGUUGUAGAUUGCGGAGUCUGGUUUUGCCGUCGGCACCCUGAACCCAACCCAAUUUUUUUCUUUAAAUGGUUGUUAUGGAUUUGAAACAUAUCUACUAAACAAAUCGCAAUAUUUAUAGAUGUUUAGUGAAUGUUUAUGGUGUUUUUUUCACGUAUCUGGCCUGCACAGGAAGAGGGAAGGAUAAGUCCCGCAAGAACUAAAACAGGAGAACACACAUUAUGUAUUUUAUUUUGUAAAGGUAGUAAAGAUUAAAACGAAUUAACGGAUG